AACACUAUAUGGCAAUGCUGCCCCCUUUGGUGGAACGUGGUCUCGGCAAGUCACGUCACUGUUGUUGUGUUUCUUUCGGCAGAUUUUUCUGAAUAUAACAAGCAGAAUAAAACGGCAUUAAACUUUUAGCAUGUGGUCUACGUUCCGGAACAGACGAUAGUGAUACAUAAUUAAAGUGAACGCCGCUUCGGAACCAAAACAAAGCAGAGGUAGCGCUGUUUUGGGGGCUAGCUCCCAACGCUAGUUAGCUUGCUAGCUUCCAUUACGCUCCCUUUUCUUUUCUUUUCAGAUAAAUGUCUCCCAUAUAGCAUUCUUGAUUCGUGUUUAAGCGAUACCGGCUGUGGUACUUCUCACUGAGGCGACCAUGAAUCAGCAUCACUCCCACAAUUCCAGCUUUCAGCACCAGCGGCAAACAUCCAAGAGAUGGAGAGAUGAUCGUGAACAAAACGACAGGGGACAUAAAUCCUCCAAAGCAAACCACCACCGCUCCGAGGCGUCCGCUCGGCCAACGCCACCGAGCGCUCAGGCUUUGAGCGCCAGAAGGGAACUUUACGAAAGACACUUCCCCCUGUACAAGCAGCCCGUCGAAGUGGGUUCCUUUUCCCUGGACUCCCGGCGCCGGUUCUUCAACGACAGCAGGCAGAUGAGGUACUACGCCGAACCGGAGAAAAGCCCGCAUUUUGACCUGAGCGACGGAUAUAGGGACCGUUAUAUCAAGCGGGACGAAAACGUGAAGGAAAAGCUGGACCACAUCCUCCGCUGGAUCUUGGCCAACAGACCAAAGCUCACGCAGAAGGCGGACGCGUCGUCGUCAUCAGCUUUGGACGUGGACUUCGUGACGUGGCGAGGCCAUUUGACCAAACUUCUGACCACGCCCUACGAGACACGAGAAGGAUGGCUGCUGGCCGUCACCAGAUUCAAGGGGACGCUUUACGUCAGCGAAGUGGAAACGGAUGCCGCUCGCCGCGACCGAGAGAAUCGCACCGGCCGGCACCAGGAGAUGAUGUACUGGGGGUACAAGUUUGAGCAGUACAUGUGCACAGACAAAACGGACGGCUCUCCCGAUCCGAGCGGCGUGGUCGACACCAACGAGGCCUUCUGCACCGUGGUCCAAACUCGUCUCUCGGAUCACAGGCUGCUGUUCUCCGGCGAGGUGGACUGCCGGGACAAAGGUCCGGACGCUCCGGCUCCUCCCGCCUGCUACGUGGAGCUCAAGACGUCGGCGGAGAUCUGUACCCCCAAACGGCGGAGCAACUUUCACAGGUUCAAGCUGCUCAAGUGGUGGGCACAGUCCUUCCUCCCCGGAGUCCCUCGCGUGGUGGCGGGCUUCCGGGACGACGACGGCGUCGUCGUCUCCGUGGAGACCUUUCACAUCUCCGAGAUUUCGCGGCUCGUCAAGGCCGAGGACCAGUGUUGGAAGCCGACGGUCUGCAUGAACUUCUGCAGCGACUUCCUGUCUUUUGUCAAGCGUGUGGUCACCCGAGACGAUCCCCGCGUGGUGCAUCUGUUCUGCUGGAACCCCCGCUGUGACGUCACCUACUCUGUCCACAGCGACUCCUCUUAUUCUUUCCUCCCAGACUGGUACGUCAAGGAAAUGAGCUAAAGAUUCUCGGCCGAGAAGUUCCCCGAUGUGCUCAACAAAGACCCCUGACCCAUUUUUGCUGCAUUUCUUUUUUCCAUCCAUUCACAAGGGCAAUGCUAACAAACGCAAAUUGCAGCAUCAGCGCCAUCACGGAAGAAACGGCGUGUACACGCCCGUGCCAUUUUUACAGAACCCAGCGAUGCCGCAUGGCGCAAUCGCAUUAUUGCGCCUGGUGUGACGCACACAACAGGGCGGGAGAAAAGUGUGAGGAAUGUGAAAAUGUCACAGUCACUUUUGAAGAGCCGCUCAGAACAGGCAGUGCGUUGUAAAACUCAGAUCGUUUGUCACUUUUAUUUGUCAUUAUUUUCAGGAAAAUAAAAAUUAAAAAACACUUGUACACAUGUUUCUCAGUGUUUGGUUUACUUUAUAUAACUCGUGCAGCUAUCAUUUUGUCAGGAGCUGACGCGGGAAGUCCGCCAGCUUCGCGCUCAUCACGACGGAUGCAUAGACGGCUUGUGCUGAAUCUUGUAUUCUUUUUACAAGGGGAAUAAACAUCGACGUUGACGGCAAAUCUUGAGAAGUUUUGGGUUCCUUUUUGUCAUCGGUGAAACUGACACGAGUGUUGCUAACGACCCUGCCAAUUGGAAUGCUAAGUAUAUAAAAUGAGGCUUCAGAAUUGGGAAAAAUCAAGCGUUUGUUUCCGCUCUCAAACAUUGCGGGCAUGUUGGAUGAAUGCGUGAACCGCACUUUGCCUACAGUACCCGUUUGAACCGUGAAAAGGUGUCGGUUGACAGUGGCGGAGGAGGGACUCGUGCGUGCGUCACCGGGCGCCGUUUCAAAAAAAAUUGUAAAACGCAAAUGGCGAAAAACAUUUCAACUUGAUAUCUCCACCAUUCAGCACAACAUACAGUUUGCACGUUUAAAGCAGUUACCUUCAAACUUGUAUCAUGCAUUUAGAAACAAAUCUCUGAGUUCACUUUAUUGGGGUUUGAAGUUCGAAUGACAAUGAAGCCAAAU